AUGGAGCGCCCAUCUAAACGAGCGAGAAUCUUGUUAGAUUCCAGUGAUGGCUCAGCGACUACAUCUCUAACGUCUUUACAUAGAGCCAUUAGCCCACCAUUGCCACGAGGCUGUCCCGGACUGACUGAUGGUGACUUGACUUCUGACACGAAAGGCACGGCUCGCCCUACCCAGUUUGUCAAUUCGCCAGUCCAACUGACGCAUAUUCGAGAUUUACCGGAUGGUAAUAAUGUCGACGCCGUGCGGCUACGCGACAUUCUUGGGGAUCCUAUGAUCCGCGAAUGCUGGCAGUUUAACUACCUUUUUGAUGUCGAUUUUCUUAUGUCACAGUUUGACGAAGAUGUCCGCGGUCUUGUACAAGUAAAAGUCGUGCAUGGAUCAUGGCGAAAGGAGGAUACGAAUCGGAUUCGAGUUGAGGAAGCCUGUUCGCGAUAUCCUAAUGUUGAGCCUAUUGUGGCCUACAUGCCGGAGCCUUUCGGGACACAUCAUUCCAAGAUGAUGAUUCUUCUUCGACAUGAUGACCUGGCUCAGGUUAUCAUCCACACGGCAAACAUGAUACACAUGGAUUGGACCAAUAUGACACAAGCCGCCUGGCGCUCUCCUUUGCUUCCCCUGCAGAAGGCAAGCUCAGCAGAAUCUCAGACAGACGCCAAAAUCGGCUCGGGCGCACGAUUUAAAAGGGACCUCCUCGCUUAUCUGAAAGCGUAUGGACCUAAAAAGACCGGCCCACUAGUCCAGCAACUGGAUAAAUAUGACUUCAACUCUAUUCGCGCGGCCCUCAUUGCCAGCGUCCCGUCCAAACAACACGCCAGUGACUCCAGCUCAGAAGAAGAUACAUUAUGGGGCUGGCCAGCUCUGAAAGACUUGCUAAGCCAAAUACCCAUCCAGCAGAAAAACACAAGCAAGAAACCACACAUAGUAAUCCAGAUCUCUUCAGUAGCAACCCUCGGCCAAACAAACAAAUGGCUCAAAGACGUCUUCUUCAAAGCCCUCACCCCAUCCAAAACCCCACAACCAACAACCUACUCAAUAAUCUUCCCAACCCCAGACGAGAUCCGCCGCUCCUUAAACGGCUACAACUCCGGCGGCUCAAUCCACAUGAAAACCCAAAGCGCAGCCCAACAAAAGCAACUCCAAUACAUGCGUCCGUAUCUCUGUCAAUGGGCGGGCGACUCGCUCCCGCCAGGCCAAUGCAUCGACUUAUCCGAAGACGAUCCCCCAAGACGGGAAGCAGGCCGCGCCCGCGCAGCACCACACAUCAAGACUUACAUUCGCUUCGCGGACUCGGAUAUGAAAACUAUUGACUGGGCGAUGGUGUCGUCGGCGAAUUUGUCCACGCAGGCGUGGGGCGCGGCGACGAAUGCUAGUGGCGAGGUGCGCAUUUGUAGCUGGGAGAUUGGGGUUGUUGUUUGGCCAGAGCUUUUCCGUGAUGAGGGUUGUGGCGAUGCUGUGUCUCCAUCUAAAUCUGAAUCUGAAUCCCGGACGGAAAGGGAAUCACAAUCCUUUGCCCCGGACGCGCUGAUGGUUCCUUGCUUUAAGCGAGAUCGUCCUGUUGUGACCGAGGGAGCCGAGGCGGCUUCUGUGGUCGUCGGGUUCCGGAUGCCUUAUGAUCUUCCGUUGACGCCGUAUGGUGCGGGUGAUGAGCCAUGGUGCGCGACUGCUUCGCAUACUCUGCCGGACUGGCAGGGGCAGAGCUGGAUGGACUGA